AUUUUGUUGUGGUCAGCAGUCCACGCCUCCGCGCUCAUGUUGGAGGAGCAGAAAGAAGAGCUGAGCUGCUGAAGACUGAGAUUUUCAGAUUCAGCACCUGAUUUUCAGUGGAAAAUUAAAUAAUGCUUUGCUACUGGAAAUGAAUGAUGUCCCAUGUGACGUUUUUUCCACCAAGAGGAAUGUUAAACUGCUGAAAAAGGUUAAAUAUAAGAAUAUGGCAUCACAAAGACAUUCUAGUACUCAGCCAAUGCCAUCUGGUUCCCUCCUCAUGAAUGAAUCUCACAGACAAACCGAGGAAUGCAGCAAGGAGAGAACUCACUACUGCCUGGAGUGUGGAAAGUGUUUUCCUGAACAGAGUGCCCUCAAAAUCCACCAGCGCAUUCACACAGGAGAGAAGCCAUAUCACUGCUCAGUGUGUGGGAGGAGUUUUACCCAGAAGAUUCAUUGCCAGAAACACCAGCUCAUUCACACAGGAGAGAAGCCGCACUACUGCUCAGAGUGUGGGAAGAGUUUUACUCGACAGAGUACUCUCAUAGCACACCAGCGCAUCCACACUGGAGAGAAACCAUAUUACUGCUUAGAGUGUGGGAAGAGUUUUACUGUACAGAGUAAUCUCCAACGACACCAGCUAAUUCACACAGAAGAGAAGCCGUAUCACUGCUCAGAGUGUGGGAAAAGUUUUAAUCAACAAGGUCAUCUCCAGGAACACCAGCGCAUUCACACAGGAGAGAAGCCGUAUCACUGUUCAGAGUGUGGGAAAAGUUUUACCAUACAGAGUUCGCUCCAACGACACCAGCGCAUUCACACGGGAGAGAAGCCAUAUUAUUGCUCAGAGUGUGGAAAGAGUUUUAAACAUCCGAGUACUCUCCAACAACACCUUCGCCUUCACACAGGAGAGAAGCCGUAUUACUGCUCAGAGUGUGGAAAGAGUUUUACUGUACAGAGCAGUUUCAAAAAACACCAGCGCAUUCACAUGAGGAAAGCCCUAUCACUGCUCCGAUUGUGUGAAGAGUUACAGACAUUCAAAGACUGUGAUAACACACAAGAGCACUAAGAGCAGUGGUGAAAAUGGACAGUAAUGAGUGUAACCGUAACACACUCUGAGAGUACCAGUCUCCAGGGAGUGGUGCUUCCAACCCAGAUUUCAGACUGUUUUUAGGGACUACAGCUUGUUCACCUAAUGAGAAGGCGCAGCCCACAUCUUCUCGCAAGGAUGAGUUUUAUUUUUAGGGUAUAUUGGAAACAAUCAAAAAACUCCACAUUCAAUAAUACGGUGUUGAUUUACAGUACGAUGUCUAGUUUAAUAUGUCUAAGUCAGUAUAGUGUUUCUGAUGCAGUGGUGGGUGUCUUGAUAAACAUUUGACAGUGUACUUGCCUCCUUGAGUUCCUCUUUUGUUAAUUUGAAUUCCACACAUUAACUAGUCAAAGGUUUUUGUAAUGAAAACCUUUAAACUUUUAAACUUCCUUUAAACUUAUUUAAUGUUUUCUGUGUGCUGUAUGUUCAAAGUUUUCUUAUUGAAGACUUUAACCCUUAGAUGCACAAGUGACUGGACCCUAUACUCAAAAAUGACCCACAUUAGAAUCAAUGUGUUUUUAUGCCAUUUUUGUCAUUUUGGUUAAGAAUAAUCACUUGUAUAGUAUUUAGUAUUAUAUUUAGGACCACACAAGAAUGAUUUCAUGUUUGAAAUAUCUUUAUUUUUCACUUUUUAACAUCUUUGACAAAGAAAAUUACCCACAACAGUAAUAGAAAAAAGUGAACAUUUGCGAAAAUCCUGUGUGUGUGUGUGUGUGUGUGUGUGUGUGUCUGUAACUGUCCAAUCAUUGACAGUUUCUCUCUCUUUUCUCUCUUUUCCCUGUUUUGCCUUCUCUCAUCACUAUAUGCAGUUCAGACAAACUACCUGUUUCUGGCUGUGAUCAUUGCACACAGGUACAUUUGCAUUUCCCACACGUAUUGCUGACUUUUUAAUCUUUGUUACUUGGGCAGAUCUGACACCUCUUUCUUUUUGGUUGGCCCUGUCUGCUUCUUUCCUGUGACUGGGUUGUGGCUUUUGUCACCCCACACCUUUCCAUUGCUUUAAUAAUCGGGGUUUGCAGUUGGGGGCAGCCUUCCAGUCGAUUCCUCGUGUGUGGUGUGACUAGGUCCUUUGACAGCUCUUUGAGGAAGAGCCGUCGUGCACUGGUGAUGCCACUCUUGAAUUCUGGGUGCUGAGCCGUGAAAAAAGUGUAGGCAUUCAGGGUGGCAAUGUCAAUUAGGUUAUACCACAGCACCAUGGGCCACCUCUGUGUUUGGCGCUUGCAGGUGUAGGUGCCAACCAUCUGGUCAAUGGUGUCAACACCUCCUUUUGUGUUGUUGUAAAAUGUGAUCACUUCUGGUUUUUCCUUUCUGCUAUUUUCAUCCACUAGUUUGUCGUGGUGCAUCGUGCACAGGAGCACAAGAGCUUUUCCUUUCUUUCUGAUAUAGCUGACCAUCAUAAGGCUAUCGUUGAAACCAAACUCUGUGCUGUGAACCUCCCUGGACUUGGAAGGCUUCAUCAGAGGAGGGAUGUCUGGCUUGUUCUGACGUAGAGUCCCAACAAUAGUGAGAUUCUUCUCCAGGAGAUGCCGAGCAAGGGGCACACUGGUGAAAAAGUUGUCCAUGGUGAUGUUGCGACCUGUGUUUCUAAAUCUUCUACACAACUGCUGGACAAUGUUUUCCCCCAGAUUUUUCUGAAUGUCUUCCUCUGCUUGUCUCCCUGUGUAAACUAUACCAUCUAUUGCAUAGGGGAUGUGUGCAUCACAAACCCAGAAGAUCUUUAGGUCAUACUUGGCGGGCUUGCUUGGCAUGUACUGUAGAAACUUGCACCUACCCCUGAAUGGCACAAUUCGUCCACAGUGACACAAUCACUCGGGAUGAAUCGCUGUCUACAGUUGACCAGGAACAGGUCCCAUAUAUAGCGGAAGGCUACCAUAUGGUCUGUUUCCAGUCGGAAGGCUCUGGUCCUUUUAUCAUUGAAGUGCAAGGUACGGCGAAUGUCUUCAAAUCUUCCAACAGCCAUAGUGGCCUUGUACAUGGGAUUAUGUAGGGGACUCCCAAACAGCUCACGGACUGAUACAUCCCAGUUCUUCUCACUUCCAGCAAGCAGGGUCAAUCCAAUGAAGGCCAUCAAUUCAUCUUUGGUGACAUGUUUCCAUUCUUUUCCUCUAGCUGUUGCUACUCUCCGUCCUUCUAAGUUUGUGCACUUCAUCAACUCUUGUAUUAUAUCAUCAGUGAUAAAGAGCUCCCAUGCAUCUUUUGGUGAGACAGUAGUGCUAAGCCCUUGUGCAGGCCCUGACCGACUUCUGAGGAUAUUGUGGCUCUGUGUUCUGCCCUGGGUGGGAGGUAACUCGCUCCAGUAAUAGCCCUUCCGACUCAUUCUGCUGGACAUGAUUUGGACACUUUCUUCUUCAUAGGACACAGAAGAAGAAUCUUCUGAGACAGAUUGUUCAGUUGGAUUUCCAGGGGGAUGACUGCCACCUGGACAAUAGUCUCAUCAUCAUCAUCAGAAAUUUCAGACUCAGAGUCCAACCCCAUUACUUCCUCUCCAUCAUCCAUCAGCAUCUGUAGGACCAUUUCGGUUGUGUAUCUAGCAGCCAUGACACCUUGGAUGAGGAAACAUAAGAGUAAUGUUUUCAAUAGAUCAAUAUGUAGCUAUAUAAAAAAAUACUCUCUCUCACACACACACACACACACACACACACACACACACACACACACACACACACACACACACAGACACUGCAUAUAGUAAUGUUAGCUAACUUGGGUAGUUAGCUAGCUAGUGUUAGUUAGUUAUAAAGUAGGCUAAUUUGUUGAAUAAAAACAACAGUCAUGAAAGACACACACACACAAUUUUAUUAUUCAUAUCCGAUUAUAAUGAAAAUUAUACUUACACUUAUCAGCUCUUGCUGUGUAAAAUAAUCUUCCUGAGGGAUGAUACUUCUGAUAUAGUCUGUGUGGUCCACAGUUAAUUUAUUCCUGACAGCCACCGUUGAUAAGAAUCAAAGGUUCCCAUUGGAUUCCAUAGAAAAUGCCUAAUUAAUGAGUUAAGGUGUUUCAGCCACAGAUUUACAUCUAAAUCAGAUAAAUGAUGUAGGAAUUACAACCGUUUUCAUACUCUGACUUCAGGCUUAAAAAUAAUUAAAAGGCAGACUGCUCAGAUGUUCUAUGACCAGGUUUGUGCUAUUCUCUCAUUGUUUCACUUACCGGUAUACAGAGGUCUAGAGUCGAUUUCAAGUGUAGCAUUUGGAAUCUGUUGCUGUUAAGUCUCAAUAUGAUAUCAAAGACAGCUGCAGUAAAAGUCUGACAGAGAAGAAAUCCAGUGUGUUGUGAUGGCUAUGGGUUCCAGACUUCAGCCAGUGAUUGAAUACAGAGGAUUUGCCACCGAGAGUUAAAGACAAAUAUGUUUAUGAUUAUUAGUUUGUCCAGUUACUUCUGAGCCCUGAAAAAAGAGAGAGCAAUGUAUGAAAAUGGUAGCAAUUCCUGCAUCAUUCACCGGGUUUAGAUGUAAUGCCCUUAAAUGAGGUCUGCACAUUGAGCUCAUAUUUGUUAUUUCAUUUCAACUCCCAAUAUGCUGGAUGGCUAAACUGACAAUGACUUUUUUAUGGACCUAUAUGCAAAUGAUAUGCAAUUAUGUAUAUAGAUUGUCUGCAUAGAGGUGACCUCUGUCCUGUAUGUAGAUUGCCUACAUACUGGUGACCUCUCCUCAGUAUGGCAUGCGCUUGCCUGUUCUACACAGUAUAACAUUGCAUGCAGGCCAAACUACAACUCAUCCGUGACCUUUUCUUUGAUGUUCAGAGACUUUAAGGACUGCUUUUGUUUACUUAAACUUUUACAUGUAAGUGUGUAUGUAUUUUUGUGCAUGUAUUAAACUGUUGAUUUAUAUUUCUCCAUACAGGAUUAUACAGGAUUAAAGAAGUUAUUAAUGGACGUUUUUCAUACAUUGCUUAAUUGUGAUUUCAGUGAAGCUGUGGUAAAAUACCCAACAGUACACUAGCUUUACCUUGUAGCUUUACCUAAGUUCUCUUUGGCAAAAACUGUAUUCCAUAUAACUGUGUGUGUAUAUUUCUUAUAUAUAUAUAUACUGUAUUUGUAUAAAACGGUAUUCCACCACACAUUAUAACCAUUAUAACAUU